GUUAAAUUAUGCAAUUUGGCGUCCAAAUAAUCAUUUUUGGUGCCGGUAUAGUAGAAACCUUGACGUUACCGACGUUACGUAAGCUGUCAUUUACGUAACCUCACAUUUGGUGAUGUAAAAAGCUUAUGUAAACAAAAUAAUUAUGUUUAAGGAUUGUUUUAAAUAUUACAAGUCCAAAAAUCCGCCCCCUGAUUUGGAAAAAGUCUUUGAUUUUAGUAACUGUGAGAAAUUUUCGUCAAAAGUCAGGAGAAUUAAUUUGGAAAAGACCGGCAAUUCUGCCAGCAAUUUUGGCCUAAACCCCGUAAAAACGUGGGAAGUGUACGAAUUAGUUGACCAUCCCGGGCUGAUUUUUAUUAAAAAUCCGUUCACCAGUAUCGGGCAGAGGUACUGGGUGGUGCGUUGCUUGCAGGACUACUCAAAGCGCCCAAAUAAGACGAACUUGGACGCUUUAAAUUUAGUACCUGAGGGCAAGGAGUGGUGGGAAGUUUGUCAGAACAAUAACAACAAAAUAUUAAUGAACAAGUUGCGAUGGGUCACUUUGGGUUAUCACCACGAUUGGGAGAGCAAAGUCUACGCUGAGGAAAAUAAAGGAGAGUUUCCGAAAGAUUUAGCCGAGUUGAGUAGAUUUAUAGCGGAGUCGCUUAACUUUUUGCAUUUUAACGCUGAAGCGGCAAUUGUGAAUUAUUACCACAUGGACUCAACUUUGUCAGGUCACACUGACCAUUCGGAACACAACUUAAAAGCUCCGCUUAUCUCGCUUAGUUUUGGCCAAACUGCAAUUUUUUUAUUAGGAGGCAAGACUAAAGACGACGAGCCUUCCGCGAUGUUUUUGCGAAGUGGCGAUAUUGUAGUAAUGAGUGAAGAGUCAAGGCUGUGCUACCACGGUGUUCCUAAAAUUUUACAAAUGGAUUCCAGGUUCUGGAACUGUUUUGAAGAAAAUGAUUUUACGAAUGAUUGCAAAAACGUUGUAAAUAUCUGUAAAGAGGAGACGUUAUGGAAGCCGUUCGGCGACUAUUUGAACAAUUCUAGGAUUAAUAUUAAUGUAAGACAGGUGUUGCAAAGGGGCCAGAAACGGCUUUGUAGCGAAUCUGACGAAAAAACGUGAAAUAAAAAAAUAAAUACGA